UCUUCCUGCACAGCCAAAGUAGCUAACAUCAUAGCAGAAAUAGCCAAAAAUGGUGAGGUUCUCCUCAAGAACUUUUCUGCUGGGAACAUCUUCAGUUUUACACCCUACUUAAUUUAUGCGAAUUCCAUGUGUGGAUGCUGGAUUGAUUUCACCACUGGUGCAGCUGCUAAAUAGCAAAGACCAGGAAGUGCUGCUUCAAACGGGCAGGGCUCUAGGAAACAUAUGUUACGAUAGCCAUGAGGGCAGAAGUGCAGUUGACCAAGCAGGUGGUGCACAGAUUGUAAUUGACCAUUUAAGGUCACUGUGCAGUAUAACAGAUCCCGCCAAUGAGAAGCUCUUGACUGUCUUUUGUGGCAUGCUGGUGAACUAUAGCAAUGAGAAUGAUUCCCUUCAAGCUCAGCUUAUCAACAUGGGUGUUAUUCCUACCUUAGUUAAAUUACUGGGCAUCCACUGCGAAAAUGCAGCUCUUACAGAAAUGUGUCUUGUUGCAUUUGGCAAUUUAGCAGAACUUGAGUCAAGUAAAGAGCAGUUUGCCAGUACAAACAUUGCUGAAGAGCUGGUAAAACUCUUUAAGAAACAAAUAGAACAUGAUAAGAGGGAAAUGGUUUUUGAAGUUCUUGCUCCAUUGGCAGAAAAUGAUGCUAUUAAACUACAGCUGGUUGAAGCAGGCCUGGUAGAAUGUCUACUAGAGAUUGUUCAGCAGAAAGUGGAUAGUGACAAAGAAGAAGAUAUUGCUGAGCUCAAAACAGCUUCAGAUCUAAUGGUUUUAUUACUUCUUGGAGAUGAAUCCAUGCAGAAAUUAUUUGAAGGAGGAAAAGGUAAUGUGUUUCAAAAGGUACUGUCUUGGAUUCCAUCAAACAACCACCAGCUACAGCUUGCUGGAGCACUGGCAAUUGCAAAUUUUGCCAGAAAUGAUGGAAAUUGUAUCCAUAUGGUAGACAAUGGAAUUGUAGAAAAACUUAUGGAUUUACUGGACAGACAUGUAGAAGAUGGAAACGUAACUGUACAGCAUGCAGCACUAAGUGCCCUCAGGAACCUAGCCAUUCCAGUUGUAAAUAAAGCAAAGAUGUUAUCAGCUGGAGUCACAGAGGCAGUUUUGAAAUUCCUUAAAUCUGAAAUGCCGCCGGUUCAGUUCAAACUUCUGGGAACACUGAGAAUGUUAAUAGAUGCACAAGCAGAAGCUGCUGAACAACUGGGAAAGAAUUUUAAAUUAGUGGAGCGUUUGGUGGAAUGGUGUGAAGCCAAAGAUCACGCUGGUGUGAUGGGGGAAUCAAACAGACUGCUCUCUGCCCUCAUACGACACAGUAAAUCAAAAGAUGUAAUUAAAACCAUUGUACAAAGUGGUGGCGUCAAGCAUCUAGUUACCAUGGCAACUAGUGAACAUGUAAUAAUGCAGAACGAGGCCCUUGUUGCUUUGGCACUAAUAGCAGCUUUAGAAUUGGGCAUUGCUGAGAAAGAUUUAGAAAGUGCUAAACUUGUACAGAUUUUACACAGACUGCUAGCAGAUGAGAGGAGUGCUCCUGAAAUCAAAUAUAAUUCCAUGGUCCUGAUCUGUGCUCUCAUGGGGUCUGAACCUCUGCACAAGGAAGUACAAGAUCUGGCCUUUCUGGAUGUUGUAUCCAAACUUCGCAGUCAUGAGAACAAAAGCGUUGCUCAGCAGGCCUCUCUCACAGAGCAGAGACUGGCUGUGGAAAGCUGAGAACGGCCCCUCCCUAAUACAUUUCUGAUUCCCUUUCGUCCUCCAUCCAGCUGCCUCUUCUGCUUCAUCCUCUUCCAUAUCACUUGUGCAUGCGUGUAAUGUUCCAAUACCAAUUGAAGAACUGCUGUAGGUACCUGCCCAAUAAGAUUUCUAAACCCAUUGUUAGCGUGAACAUGAAUUUGUCAAAACGAGUCUCCACUAAUAACUGUUUUCUUGUAUUCCUGUUGCUUGAGCUACAUUGAGUAGAACGUGCAUGUUGUAGUCCUAUGAUGAUGUAAACUCGGUACUACAUAAUGACUUGCUCCUCACCCUGGGUAAACUACAUAAUAAUGUACUGGUAAAUAAGAAACAAGUAAGACUGCAGCAGGAGCUAACUAGCUUAUUAAAGAUGGCAUUGACUAGUGAAAAUAGCUCCAUUUCUUGGUGCUUGGAAAGCACAGUGACCAAAAAAUCUGUAUGGCUGCUCAUUCAUUAGUCUUCCCUACUAAUGUCAAACCAUGGUACCUAGAGUUAAAUAAAAUCCAAUGCUCUCACUCUUUACCCUAUGGUUUCUCCUCCUUCCUAUGUAGAUGCUUGAAAUUGCCAGUCAUCAGUAGCCUGAUGUUGAAAACAUUGGUGGUUUUCAGCAUGAAACUAAGGGGUUGAAGAAUGUUACACUAGUACAUCUUUUUUUGCCUGUAUUUUUGAUUCUGCUGUAUGUAAAGUCUGACCUCAGAAUUUCUUCCAUCAAUUAAUCAUCAUUGUCCAACACUUGUUUUUAAAAGUCACUUGGCAUUUGCUUUCAACUCAGAAAACUGAGUAUAGCUCAUUGGAGAAUGGAUUUUUCCCCCCCGUUUUUCAUCAUUCAGCUUGAAAGUAAGAUGUUUUCCCGGUCAUUGCCUCUUUAAAUCUUAUAUUAGAACUAGCAGGACUUACAAAAAAAUUAAGAAAUGUUCAUCUAAAGAAAGCAGGUUAUAUAAAAGCCAUAGUCGCCGGUCCAGUUCACUCUGCACAUGGCCUCAUACCAGUAGCUGUUAGUUCCCCGCCUCCACUUCCCACAGAGAACUGCAGUCCGUCUUCAAGGCUCUCAGAAAAGGUGACAGUGCCAAGGCUCGAGAUGAGAAGACCUCCCUGGCAAAAUGUAGUAUAUACUCUUCACUGCCACUACCACCACCAGAUGGGUUUUUAGAGCUUUAGGACACAAUCUUUGUAAAGUAACCAAAACCCCCUGUGACAUACCUGCCUCACCUGCCUCUUCCCGUGCCCAAGUCUGACCACUACUGGCCAAAAGGUAAGAUGGGCUCCUUCCUCUCUGUGAGAUGCUGCACAUCUCGACGGACUGACCGAAGCUGGACUUUUGACUCUGAAACAGCUAUAAUUCAAGAAAGUUAACAUCCCAGUGGAGGUAAAGAACCUUUUGGCUGUUCCCUUUGAUGUCCAAGAACGGGACUAAUACUGUGAGUGCUUAAUGCUACUCUUACUGUCAGAAUGGUCUUGUUUACUGUCCUCUCCUGGGCUGGAUAGUGGGCUCUAUUUUAUUACAGGUUUUGAAAGAUAUCUGUAAUGUUGCAAUAUAGGCUGUCCAUAUUAAUAACUAAAUAAAUAGUAUAUUAAACUGUAAUGGCAUCA